AUGUCGAUGUCAAUUGACCAGGUUGUUGUCCUCGUUGAAUCGUUGUAUGCUCCCAGUAAUGAUUCUCAGAGUAUUUCUCAAAUUCAGACUAUCCUCCAGAAUAUACAGAAAUCAGAUCAUGGCUUGUCGAUAGCCGAUCAACUGCUCGAACAACCUUCGUUGAAUUGCAAGUUUUUUGGUGCUCUUACAUACACUGUCAACCUCAAUCUACAGCUCCCUGGUCUGGUGAGUGAUGAUAAAGACGAUACACUGACUUUGCUUACAACCAAGUUACUCCAGCAACUACUUGUACUUGUAUCGGACGAUUCCGUAAUUCACCAUGGUGGUAUGUUUGUUAUAAAGAAAAUGCUCUCAAAUUUGGCUCUUGUAUAUGUAUCCAACUACAAACACUGGAAGGAACCGCUAACGUCCUACAUGUGCAGCAUAAUUAAUAGCCGGGCGAUGCUGGUUCCUGAUGAUUCUUCUCUGCUCAGUGACAACGACAUUACUCAUUACUUGUCCAAGAUUCCGCUUGAGCUAUUGUCUACAGUGCUAAUGCUAUCUCAGAUUAUAGUGGAAGAGAUAAUUAAGAAGGAAGUUACCAAUGCCAAUCAAGUAGAGAUGCAUAAGGUUGUUCACGACUAUCUAUUUGGUACUACUGAAAGACUUCUUAUAGGGCUAACAAGACUCGAUAACCCUCUGAUACUAUCCUCCUGGCUUGAAUGCUUUAGUUCUUGGAUAGUGUAUGCGUCAAAGGCGGAAUUUGAUUCAACUAUUCGAUAUAACAUGACUCCACUAUUGAAAUUUACCAUCAAUUUAAUGGCUUUACCUACUCCUUGGCAGUCUCCUGUGCCGGAGAAAGCCAUGGAUACUUUGAUUGAUGUCUUGGAUACCAAUUACACAUUUUUCAAUGUAGAUACCAGAAAGCAACUCAGUAGCUUGAUUUUUGGGCCCUGGAGCUCCAAGUUCCUAGGAGAUAUGCCCGAAUUGGCAGACCAAUAUGCUAGACUCUGCAUUCUCUUUUUAGAACCUGACACUGUUCACCUUGCUCUGAAACUUAAUGAUGAUGCUAAUGAUCCGAACUUUGACUUCCUACUGAGACUUACAGAUUUUCCAGGACAGGCUGUGGUGGAGGAGACAAUUUCCAGCGAUUUCAUUGAUUUCUGGAUGCAGCUUUCCGACUCUCUCCUCAACGACGAUGAUCGAUUCUCCCUAAUGUUGAAAGACGAUAAAGCAAAAAUUGAAAGAUUCAACGGUAAGGCCAAGUCCUUGUUUAUCAAAAUCUCUCAAAUUUAUUGGAAUAAAAUCCACAUUCCUCAAGACGUAGCCGAAUUAGAAGGCUACAACAACGAGUUUAGAGUGUAUAGACGAGACGUCGGUGAUCUUUUUGAAUCAAUCUUUCCCAUAGUUAGGACACAGCUUUACAAGAACCUCGUCGAUAACGUCUUGAUGAAUGUUAACGGCUCUUCACAGCCUGCAUUGAAUGACAUCGAGGCUUCAUUGUACCUUAUCAAUGCUGUCAGCGCAGAUUUCAGCGAGAAUAAUGUCCAGAAGGAGAUCUUAGACGAAGUUUCCCAGAUUUUGAGCUCGAACUACUUGGAAUUGGUGACCGCCUAUCGAGAUCCCAACAAAUUCCAGCAUAUUGUAUACACAACUAUACGUUUUGUCAGCACCAUCGAUUGGUUCUAUAAAAGCUCUGCCGGACUUCCUUAUCUUCCACAAAUUCUUAACUUUUUGUUUGAUACGUUGGUGACCUGCUCUAUGUAUCAAUUGAUAAGUUCCAAAGCUAUCGCCGACAUAUGCGACAAUUCGCGUUUGUCAUUGCAGGACUCCCUUCCUAAUUUCAAGGAGAUUAUUCCUCAGAUGAUCAAUGAAACCACAGUUGAGCCAUUAACAAGACAGAGAAUUGUCAAUUCAUAUGCAUCGAUCGUUCAGGGAGUGAAGGAUCCUCGAAUUCAGGGUCAGUAUUUGCACGACAUAUUCUCUCUUUUAGGCAAGAGGUCGUACGAGGUGAUACUAUCCCUUGAUAGCGCAAAUAAUGAUGAUCAAGAUAAAAUGAUGGAUUACUUGGUAAGUCUUAUUAGCUCUGUUAGUGCGAUUGGUAAGGGAAUGCAACUACCAGACUCUCCUGAUGAGGUCUACACUCCAGAGGAAUUAAAGGCUGUUAACAGCUACUGGUCGCAGGAUCCUCUUAAGAUCCAUGCAGAGAUAUUAGAGAUAGUCAACAACCUGUCUAUGCUUACUGACAAAUUGGCAGACAAUUUAAGUGUUGCUGAAGAGAUUACGAGCAUUUUCAAAAGUGGUAUGACCGAAUCUGUGGGAGGGCCGUUUGUAAUCGAUUAUAGCGUCAUUGUAGAGUUUGUUGUAGCCAAAUUUCGUACACUCAAGACGACAAAGACGUAUCCACUUCUUUAUGGCCUCUAUAGUAACGUGAUUAAAUCAUGCCAUAGGGAGAUGAAUUCUGAAUCGGUUUCACAAACACUUCAAAUCAUCUACUUAGAUAGACUGGAAACGAUACGCAGUGAUCCUGAUAUCAUCCAAUCAGUGAUGAAGCUAUUUGGCACCAUCAUAUCAACUACACCCUCAUUGUUGGUUGGCGACUCUAAUAUGUUGGAGAAAGUUCUAGAGUUUGGUAUAGAACAACUACAGUCAAACGAGAGGUUUGUUCUCCAAUCACUCGAACUCUUCUGGACAAAACUGAUUUAUUUACGUAGAGGAAAUCACCAAAACACCAUGGCAGUGAGACGGCUUUUUAAUGAGACCAAGUUGGGCAAUAUCGUCAUUUACAAUGUGUUGAAGUAUAUGCUUCUAAGCCAGAGAUCAAACUUGGAGUUUUUCACCGAGAUUCUUAAGAGUUUGGUAGCCAAAUACCCAAUGCUGAUUAAGCAGUGGCUCUUGAACUCGUUUAAAGAACUCAACUUACAGAGAGUGCAAUCAGGACAGAAAACAAUAAAGAAUUAUGAGUUAUUCAUUAAAAAGAUCUUGAUCACUCGUGGCACCAGAGCUGCAAAUGGACUAAUUAAAGACUUCUGGCUAGAAGUAAACGGAUUGGUUGAUUACAAUAAAAAAUUGACGGUAUUAUGA